UUUCUUGUUUUUCAUCACUUUAAUUUGUUCGAUUUGACGUCUUCGAUUUGUGUUUUCGUGAAAUCAAAUUUGCUGUUCGAUAUUAAAAGUUGAAGAUUUCAUCCCGUCUCAAUUGGAGCAGCAAUUCAGACGAUCUGUCAUAAGAGAGAGUGUAGUUGCCCUGCAUCAAAAUUUGCACACAUUUAUUUUAGCAGCAGCAGGAAAUGGUCAAAAGCAAUGAUCAUGGGGUAUUUUGAUGUACAACAAGUACCAUGUCUCAAUGCUUAGAGGGGGUCAAGCAUUUAUUUGCUUCCCUGCUCCAUUGCUGUGAUCUUGAUUCACACAAACAAUUAACGUCCCUUGAAGAUCCUGAAAUUCUAGCCAGAGCGACAGUUUUUAGUGUAAGCGAAAUAGAAGCACUUUAUGAGUUGUUUAAGAAGAUUAGCAGUGCUGUGAUUGAUGACGGACUAAUCAAUAAGGAAGAGUUCCAAUUGGCAUUAUUCAAGACAAACAAAAAGGAGAGCUUGUUUGCUGAUCGGGUGUUUGACCUGUUUGACACGAAGCAUAAUGGAAUCCUCGGUUUCGAAGAGUUUGCAUGUGCACUAUCUGUAUUUCAUCCAAAUGCCCCAAUUGAUGAUAAGAUCGAGUUUUCCUUUCAACUUUACGAUCUCAAACAGCAAGGUUUCAUAGAGAGGCAGGAGGUAAUUCCGUUCAUUUUUUAAAUCAAACCAAACAGG